AUGUCGACGCUAUCUCCCCAGCUGGUCCGUAGCGAAUCCCCGACCGACAUGGGGUUUCCAAACGCAAAUUUCUCAGAUCCCUAUCUCUCCGCUCCGUUGGACCCCGAGCAAGAUGUUUUCAAAUCCUCAGGUAUCAGAUGGACCCCAGAGCCUGGUCGGCACGACCUGCGUGAGGUCUCGACCUCUCCUUACAACCACAAUAUGAACAGCGAUUCUGCGCAAGGUGCUGAAACAGCUGGUUACCCGACCUCUUAUUCUGAUUUUUUGAGUCCCGUCGACGACUUUUCAAGUGACCUGAGUGCCCAUGCUUCCCCAAACGGCGAUCAACCGCCGGGAAGCAUAAGUAUGGAAUUGCACUCAUAUCUCGAUGCAUGGCCACAUGAUGUGAGUUCAUCUAACAUGGCUGUACCUGAUGGGUCACCAUCCGUGGACUCAGGAUCGGCAGCCCUCUCUCAGCCAACCAUGAUCAGCUCACAGCUCCUAACCCCGGACCGGACUAACCACCCGAGUCCUGCGUCCGGCUCGACCAAUCGACGAAACAAUGAAUCCCAAUCGCAUUCGGGGCAGGUGCUCACCAUAGUCACGGCUCCCUUGGACAACAACCUCAAUGUUCAUCUCUCCUCAGAUGCUGCCAGAGCAAGAAGCCCAAUUGUUACGGUCGAAAGCUAUUCGCGCGGAGAUUCCCCAGCCAGAGAGACAGUUUCCGUCCGACGGCAGCCGAGCCAGUCUUCCACACACCUUUUGCCUGGCGGAGAAUCAGAGGAUGGCGUUCACAAUACCUCAUGGCAGAAAUCUCAACAAGCGAUCGCACGUGCGCACGAUGGUUCCUGGCUUGCGGAUGGCACCACUGGCCAGGCCGGUGUCGCCCCUACAUCACGUGACGAUACGUAUAUUCUCAGUCCCAAUGAAAUAGAGUCACGGCGACGCCUUGAAGAGAAGAACGCGGAUAUUCGGUCAUGGUCCGCCACUGUAAGCGUCGUCAGUAGUGAAGAUGGAGAAGACAGCCCUCAUACCCGCGGCCGCAGAGUACCAGUGGGCACACGACGCAGGGCGAGGAGCGCCGGAGACCCUGCGCUACAGCAGGACUACUUCAACCUGCAAUUUGGAAACUACGGGCCGGCCAUCCCUGGGCCCGGUGCGUUAAUCCAUGAGAGCAGCGACGAGGAGCUCAGUGGCAAUGAUUCCGAGGUCGAAGCAAGCGAUUCGGGAUCGCCCGCAGCCAGCGUCAACGAAGCAAGGUGGGCUCAAGAAGAUCUUGCAGAUUCGCCCGUGCAGGAAAAGCCCAACUCCGCGGAUGGAGAGCCGGCACCACAUCAAUUUCUGGCAACUCACCCAUGGAUGGACCCGGAUCACGACUCUACUCCCAGAUCAGUUCGGAUGCAGCCAUCAACCGCCAGCGCCGCUAUGAUGGAAUACCAACGACGCGCUCGAGAAAUAGAUGCCAUGUCCCGUUAUGCAACUUGGGGUACGCGGCCCAUGAGUGAAAUGGAAGUGAAUAGUAUUAUUGGUGCGGGAGGUUCAUUUGCCAAUCUGUCUAUCAGCCAGGACUCGAGCAAAAAACACGCAAGGCGGAGUAGCUUGAUGAAGUUCUUCCCACGGAAACCAUCGAUCAGUGUACUAAAGAGGCCGCUAUCAGACCUGUCCCUCGUUGAAAACCAAACCACGAACAAUGUGGUGAAAAGUCCGCCAUCGAGAAAGGAUAGUUUUCCUCACCGGAAACUCAGCCUUGUGCGAAGCCCAAAGUCUCCCAGCCUUAGUACAGGCGGCGCUGUCAUUGCAAUUGCCGGCCAAAUGGCGGCUAUUGGAGGCAGAGACUCCCUGAGUACCGCUUCUCCACACUCAACGUCUAAUCCAUGGAACAAGUUUGGGCGGACGCGCAGUCGGAGUGAGAUACCGCGGUCUUCUGCACCGGGUCUAUUCGACUUGAUGACCAGUCACGGUGGCCCGCCCGUUCCCACCAUUGGCCACUCACAAACUUUGACAACUGACAAUCAUGGUCUCCAACAGGGGGCGUCAAGCCGGCCUGUUGAGACUGGAGAUGAUGAAGAGGAGGACGACGAUACGGCCGAAAAAGGGCAGGUGAUGAAUUUUCCGGUUCUCAUCCGUUUGCCUGUGCCUACAACGGAAGGGUUCAAGGCUCAGAUCACACAGCUGAAUCCUCGUCUGGAGCCUGCACUGAUCGAUCGUCUCGCGAACGAGCAGGUUCGCAGAUAUAAGAAGUUGGUUGAGCAGAAAAUGAACCAUACGCAUGCCGUCAGUAAGAAAACCUGCUCCGCGGGUAAAUUCUGCUUCGCACAGGGCGGUGAAGCCGUGAUACUGGCCGCGCGCGCUGGACCUCAUGACUCCGAAGCUACACAUACCCAGUUCCAGAUCACCGGGCACAGCGGACUGGAUGAUGAACCUCCCGCGCUUGGAGAGAAUGCUCGCCUUCCGGCCGAAUUCGAGUGUCCCAUAUGUUUCAAGGUGAAAAGGUUCCAGAAGCCAUCCGAUUGGACGAAGCAUGUCCACGAAGACGUGCAGCCUUUUACUUGCACAUUUCCGCAUUGCAACGAGCCCAAGUCGUUCAAGCGAAAGGCGGACUGGGUUAGGCAUGAGAGUGAACGGCACAGGAAACUUGAAUGGUGGACUUGCACUGUUCAUGAUUGCCAUCAUACAUGUUACCGCAAGGACAAUUUCGUACAGCAUCUCGUCCGAGAGCAUAAGAUGCCCGAGCCCAAGAUCAAGAAGACGAAGACGAAAGGAGUGGGCGCCACAUCUGAAACACAGGAAGAAAGCAGUCGUGAGCGAGACGCUGAGCAGCUGUGGGAGUUCGUGGACCAGUGUCAUCAUGAUACCUCCAAGGGACCGCGGGAGGAACCCUGCCGCUUCUGCGGUAACGUCUGCAACAGCUGGAAAAAACUUACCGUUCAUCUGGCCAAGCACAUGGAGCAGAUUGCCAUGCCUGUCCUGGCACUAGUGCAAGAGCGAGAUCUGUCUUCCAACACAGAUGCUGGCGUUGCCCCGAAAGCAGUCAGUUACCCUGGCUCGAUUGCACAGGAAGCCACCAGCUUUUCACCUGAUCUGAAUAGCAUCAAAGUCGAGCCGGAGGCGCCAUUGAAUUUCAAAGCCGGGCAAUCCGCGCCCCCUGCUGGAUUUUUGAAUCCAACCUACCCACCGACCUCCACAACCCUGCAUCAAGGGUUUCUAUCCGCUGAACCAGAGGCGUACAGCGCAUACGGGUCGCAAGCGGGCCUCGCGGGGCAGCAAUUCGUGCAUGUUCAUCAGAACUCUGUCACCUACCCGCCACUGCUGAACGCCGGGCCGCGACCCAGAAUACCGACUCAAGAGCUGAGCGUGUUGCAGAAUCCGUACCAGCUUUGCACCUCACCCACGGAGAUGCGCACGACGUAUGAUCCCCAGGGCACACUGCAUCUGUCGCCCCCUCCGGUAGAGAACGGCCAGGCCUAUCAUGACCAGAUCACGCAAGCCACAUCGUAUUCAUACGACGGCUCCUCUCCCAUCUGCGAGGGAUGUUUUAAAAAGCGUCCAGAAUUGCAAGGGAAAAGGGAGAAACAGAUAGAUAGUAUCCAAAUGUUCCCACGUCUAUCUUCUGGACAACCCUGUGGAUUCUCUCUAUUUGUCCUCUGCAUGAAUAAUGACGAUGAUCAUGCCAACAAUAGAAAGUCUAUGCAAGCCCUUACAGGCACUGCCACUAUUAGGCCAACUGGUGUGGUCGACUUUUCAACUCAUUUGUAG